UACACCAGAGAAUACGGCUGUACACGAUGAACACUAAACAGUGCGCACGUGUAGUGUCCACACCCGAUCUGCGUGCUGCAGCUCACGAACUUCAGCCGAUCUUUGACGACUAAACAAACGGAACCAGUUGGUGUUCGUGCGCUGGUGCAGAGGUGAAGUUGUUGUAUGUCUUUGAGAUUGAUGAAGACUCAGAGUGUGUGUGAAGUGCACACUUGCACAAGUUUACAGUUUCGGUGUGCGCUCCAAACACAGCGAUGAUUUUAAAGAAACUUCCGGUCAAAUCAUCAGUGUUGAUCCUGCGCGCCGGGCUCAGACGGGUCCACUCGGUUCCGCCGCAGCCGGUUCCUCCUCUCGAGCAAACGCUGCGGCGAUACCUGCGGGUUCUCGAGCCGCUCUUACCCGCCGAUGAGCUCGACCACACCCGCAAGAUCGUGCAGAAGUUCGGCAGUCCCGGAGGUUUGGGUGAAAAACUGCAGAAAGAGCUGAUGAAACGAGCCAAACAUUCACACAACUGGAUGUCAGACUGGUGGGUACAGUGGGCUUAUCUGGAGUGCAGGCAGCCCUUGGCAGUUCACUCAAACCCGGCCAUCUCACUGCCCAAACGAGACUUCACAGAUUGGAGAGGUCAACUAGUGUUUGCAUCAAAGCUCAUAGCAGGAGUGUUGGAUUUUAAAGCAAAGGUGGACAGCGGUGGGCUGGCGGUGGAGUAUAUGCGGGGUCAGGCGUUAUGUAUGGAGUUGUAUCCACAGCUCUUCUCAUCGUGUCGUGUUCCAGGACCCAAACACGAUCAUGUGAUUCAUUACGGUCGUCCGCGCCGCGGCCCUGCUCACAUUACUGUGGUCAGGAACUAUCAGUUUUUUCAGCUGGAUGUGUAUAACAGUGAUGGAACAGCAUUGACAGAGAGUCAGAUUCAUUCUCAGCUGCUGCGGGUUCGCUCACAGUCAUGGAAAACCGAUAAAGAGCCGGUGGGGAUUCUGACCAGCGAGCAUCGGCACACCUGGGGUCAGGCUUACACCCGUCUGCUGCGAGAUAAAAUCAAUAAAGAGUCUGUGAGACUGAUCGAGAAAUCUCUCUUCACUCUGUGUCUGGAUUCUCCUGUCAUGAGGAUUUCAGAUGAGAAGUAUUCUAGUCGAAUGGCGGCACAGAUCUUACACGGGGGCGGGACUUAUUCCAACAGUGGAAACCGCUGGUUUGAUAAGACACUCCAGUUUGUAGUGGGUGAGGACGGCUCAUGGGGUCUUCUGUAUGAACACGCCACAGCCGAGGGUCCGCCCAUAUCAACACUGCUGGAUCACAUUCUACACUGCUGUCAGAAACCGGAGCGGGUACGAGCUCCUUUAGUACCUCUGGCCAUGCCAAAGAAACUCUACUUCUACAUCGACUCUGACAUUAAAUGGGACAUUGAGAUGGCCAAACAAAACCUGGAUAUUCUCAUCAACGAUCUGGACAUCAAAUGUUUUAACUUCCAGCGGUUUGGAAAAGAGUUCAUCAAACAGAUCAACCUGAGUCCAAACUCCUUCAUUCAGGUGGCCAUACAGCUGGCGUACUACAGGGUUCACAGUGAAGUUUGUGCGGCUUGUGACAUCGCCUCUCUGCGGAUGUUCAGAGGAGGACGCACAGAUUACAUCCGCUCUCCGACCAAUCAGAUGCUGAGCUUCAUACAGGCCUUUGAUGAUGACUCUGUGUCUAGAGAAGUUAAAGUGGAUCUCCUGAGAGAAGCUGUUGAUGCGUACAGCGUCCUCACAGAACAGGCACUGAUGGGACAGGCCGUUGACCGUCAUCUGUUGGCUCUCAAACUUCAAGCCAUCCAGGAGGGACUGAGUGUGCCCAGAAUAUUCAUGGACACGGCGUAUGGUCUGGCCACUCACUGGAAACUCAGAACAGGACAGGUGCCCACUAACACGGACAGUGUGAUGUGUUUCGGGCCGCUGGUUCCAGAUGGAUAUGCAGUGUGUUAUAAUCCACAGCAAGAUCACUUCCACUUCUCCAUCACUGCCUUCAACUGCUGUGAGGAAACAAACGCUGAGAAACUGUCUGUGAUGCUGGAGCGGUCGCUCUGUGCUCUUCAGAUGUUAGUUCAGCCUCCUCUAUAGAAGCAGAAACAUCGUGUAAUGAUGAUGACGACGGGUCAUCUCUGAAAAAGGAAAUUUGUUUGUCUGGUUUGUCAAAUCUUUUCAAGUUUUUUUUCGGCCAGAUAUUUCACUAUGACAUUUGUGUGUAAAAUGACAAACAGUGUUAUAUAACUGUUACAUCUCCUGAAUAAAACUCUGUGUUUGUCAUUCGGUGAUAAUCGAGUGA